AGCACCUGGCUUUGUCUGUGUGUUCUGAGCACCUGGCUUUGUCUGUGUGUGGGGGUUGGAUGUGGCCGUAGCUCAGCUCGAUCGUCACCCCCCACUCUCCCCCCUCCCCCUCACUCCCCCCUCCCUCUCCUCGGGGUCACGUGGGGGGGCCGUCUCGUCGCUGACACCGUCCCGGGGUGUCAUGGACGCCUCCGGGCUCUUAGCGGACGAGUGGAAUUACCUGGGCGAGGGAAACCGGAAUCUGGUCGUCGCUCACCGCGAGGGGAAGGAGGUCCUCAAGUUUCUCAAGUUCCCCGUGAAUGCCGCACAUGGCAACAAGAUGCUGGGUGCCCUGCCUGCCGUUCUAGACAGCACCAUCAUGUACACGGGCAGCAUCAUGGCGCCGCUCCUGGGGAAGAACUUCGUCCAUGCUGGGGAGGUGGUGUCGGUGCCCCGAAGCUUUGCCCGGAGCCUGGCCGUGCAGAUCGAGUCGGCACGGCCCGAGUCUCGGCACGACUCGCGCCUGGACGAGUGGAGUGGCCUGGCCGUGCGACUGCCCAACCUGACACGCCUGCAGAGCGGGACCACCCUGCCCACACCAGCGCCACCGACGCCAACGCAGCACGGUCCCUCGCCGGCGACCAGAGGGCAGCAGCUGACCCCCUCGCCGCCGCCGCCACCACCUCCACCCAGCGAGAUCCCCACAUUCUGCAUCGAGAUAAAGCCCAAGUGCGGCUUCCUGCCCGGCGCGACAAGUGUAGUGAAUCCUCUGAAGCGCCGUGUGUGCCGCUACUGCAUGCAGCAGUACCUCAAGGUCGCCAACGGGAAGUGUCGGCAGGUCAGCGAUUACUGCCCUCUCGACCUCUACUCGGGGGACGGGAGCCGUAUGUCCUUUGCCAUCAGGAGCCUCAUGAAGAAUUCUCAGAACAACUUCAGGGUGUUCAAGAACGGCACCCUCAUUUUCGGCUGCCGAGACGAGCAGGAGUGCCCCUGCGACCUGGGCGCCCUCGCCCACCACCUGCGCCCGCUCUUCCCGCCGCCGCCUGCACCGGGCGCGGCGCACGCGGAGGCCGCCGCGCCGGCCCGCCGGCACCAGCGGCGGCGGCGGCAGCGGCGCGCGGAGACGGAGCGGGCGGUGGGCGGCCUGGUGGGCCUCAUUGUCCACGCGCUGCUCAGCCCCCUGGGGGGGCCCGGCGGGGUGGACGUGGUCGGGGGGGGAGGGGCGGGGGGCCCCCCCCCCUCCCCCGACCUGCCAGGCCAGCCUGUACGCACGCAGCAGGGGGCACGCGUCCAGCGGCGAUGAGGCGGCGCCGCUACCGCAGGAGAGCGUGCUGGCACGCAUCCUCGCAGUGCAGCGCCUCGACCUGCUCGACAUCGAGGGCAUCACCCCCCUGUACCAGCGCGUGCGGGCACACAUGCACUCCGCCGGC